AAAAAGGUCUUUAAUAAAUCAUUAGGUGUAGAGGGUAGUUUUUGUCCCACUCCUCUCAUUUCGAUCAAAGAGUCGCAGAAAUAAGACGACAUCGACAAUUUUGCAACAAUUCUUAAAUUGCUUCUUCAGAUCCCAACAUUUCUGCCAAGAGUUCGUUGCUAGACCGUUGAAUGGAAUUGAACUUCUCAGCAGAGUGCUCAGCGUCCUCCAAGGAAUCAUUAACUCCAAUCAAACAUCUUCAUCGAAAAUUUCUAACCUACUGUCAAGAAGUAAUACAAACAACACAAAUAGGAAACGAAAAGCUGCGGUAGCCGAAGCCGAUUGUAUCGAAUGCCUCAAAAUUCUCCUGGAAAAGUCGGAACACGCUUGGCGUCGGUUUUUGGAUUUGACGACUGGAAUGGAUGCGGUGCUUUUUGCUGUGAACAGUCCACAACUCGACUCGAAAUGUUAUGCAGUCGAGAUUUUGCUCUUACUACUGGAUAAGCCUCAGGGAUUUGUGGUACUGAUGAGAGCGCUGACGGUGAUGACAGCAAAGAGCCGUGAUUAUAUUAGGUUGACGUUGUUCGUCAGUCAACUCAAGCACGGCCUUCAUACCCAGAAACUUCACAUACAGAUCCUUAUCGUGCGACUUUUUAACAAACUACUGGCGACUGCACCGUCGUCGCUUCAUCGUUCCCUUAUUCGAUCUGAAAUCAUACUCGCGAGAUUCAGUGCAGAGUACGUUGAAAAUCUAAUUACGACGCAAUCAACGCCCUUUGGAGGUAUGGAUAUUCUUGCCAAUGAACUAGACUUGUGGAGAUCUCUUGGCUCAUCAACGAUUGCUUCUUAUAGCUUUGAGCAAAGUCACAUUUAUGGCAAAAAAUUUCAGGCUAGUACCACAGUGACGAAGAACGUCGAACGGCACCGUUUCAAGAAGCAAAGCGGAGCGACUUUUGGUGAGCGCUCAUCCGCUGCUGGACAUUAUCCGGAAGUUGAUCGAAACACAUCCAAUGCUUUCUAUCCAGAUCGUCGGUCGCUGACUUUGUCUAACCGCGCUUGGCAAGGUCUGGACCGCUCGCCUCCACGGGCGCAUUACACAAAUCCAACUUCGCCCCGUACUCGUUUUGCUGAACCCGUUAUUGUUGAGGCCCAGAUACCCCAUGUAGGGUUCAGCUACUUAUUCCCAUCCCAACCAGUCGUCGCUAGCUUUGUGUCCAAGAGAACGGUCACUCCGGAUCAUCAUCACAGACAGGUUAGUUUCGAACAUUUGACAAGCAUUUUUAGUUGUUAUGGUCGAAAUGACGAAGCUUUUUACGCUACUGACUCACGAACAAGUAGUCGAGCCAAAGUACUCAGUCCAAGCAUUAACGGGGAUGAUGUUCGGGACGCUUUGAGUCAGUUCGACUAUCUGAAUGACUACGAGAACUCGAGUUUACGCGAACGUGGACGAGAAGCUUCCUAUCACUUCUAG